AUGCAAUCUUCGGUUGUGAUCGCGCUGGCAUCUUUGGCCGUAUUUGCGCCAGUAGGUGCCAGAACAAAGUAUGUUGUUAGCUUCGGCGACUCAUACACAUCGACAACAUUUGAUCUCACCGGCACAAAGCCCUCGGCUGCUAACCCGCUCGGAAAUCCUCCAUAUCCGGGGUGGACAUCAUCGGGAGGAACAAACUGGGUUUCCGACAUUGUCGCCAAGUACAAUAAUUCCCUUCUGCUUAGCUAUAAUCUGGCCUCGGGUGGAGCGACAGUCAAUGCCUCGCUGGUGGCCCCGUAUCUCCCAACUGUGCACUCAAUUAUCGACCAGGUAGCCGACUUCCAGGAGUACCUGUUCCCACCGCCUUCUUGGGCACCAUGGACUGCGCAGGACACGCUCUUCGCGGUUUGGAUAGGAGUCAACGAUGUGGCUGGUUCAUGGUACCAAACCAGCGCGUCUACCCUCGAGGAGGAGAUUUUGAAUCAGCUUUUCAACGAGAUUGAGCUUUUAUACCAAGACGGGGCUCGUAACUUUGGCCUCCUGACCGUACCGCCAAUCGAACGAACACCUAACAUCAUGCAAGCGGCCAAUGCAAAUGACACUGUUCCUCGUGUGAAGGCUGCCGUCGAGCACUGGAACACAAUUCUCAAGGAAAAGGCGGAAGCUCUCAAUCGUAAAUAUUCCGAUGUCACCGUCAAGGUGAUUGACACCCAACCUGUAUUCAACGGGCUCCUUGACAGCGGCGGAGCGGCUGCUGAGUGCUGGAACUCGGAUGGGGUGACUUGUCUGUGGUUCAAUGACUUUCACCCUGGCAUUGUGAUUCAGAAUGCUGUUGCUCAGGCGGUCGCGACAGCGUGGAAGGGAAAUUUCUUUUUAUGA